AUGCUGAGCGGAGCGGCUGGGGCUGCGCGGCGUGGUGGAGCAGCGCUCGCUCCUCGCUCGCUCGCAGGGACACACGCAGGGGCUGACAGCUGUGCUGGUGCUGAUAAGGGAAGCCACAAGGAGACGAUCGAGGAGAGAGACAAGCGGCAGCAGAGGCAGCAGCGGCAGAGGCAGCACCAGGGCUGCGGAGCUGCUGGGAGUGGGAGUGACUCCCCCACCUCGGGCCCCCACCCUGUCCCCAUCCUCCUCCCGCUUGCCCUGAGUUUAGAAGAGCAGCCGCUGUCACCACCGCCACUCCGGAGGGCACCAGGGCUGCUGGCCAGGGAGGGACAGGGCAGGGAGGCUUUGGCCAGUCCCAGCAGCCAGGGACAGAUGCCGAUCGAGAUUGUGUGCAAAAUCAAAUUUGCUGAGGAGGAUGCGAAACCCAAGGAGAAGGAGGCAGGGGAUGAGCAGAGCCUCCUGGGAGCUGCUCGGGGGGCAGCAGCCCCCCGGGACCUGGCCACCUUUGCCAGUACCAGCACUCUGCAUGGGCUGGGCCGGGCCUGUGGCCCAGGUCCCCAUGGACUGCGCAGGACUCUGUGGGCACUGGCCCUACUCACCUCGCUGGCUGUCUUCUUAUACCAGGCGGCCGGCCUGGCCCGGGGCUACCUGACCCGGCCUCACCUGGUGGCAAUGGACCCCGCUGCCCAAGCCCCAGUGGCGGGCUUCCCGGCUGUCACCCUCUGCAACAUCAACCGCUUCCGGCAUUCGGCACUCAGCGAUGCUGACAUCUUCCACCUGGCCAAUCUGACAGGGCUGCCCCCCAAAGACCGGGACGGGCACCGUGCCGCCGGCCUGCGCUACCCGGAGCCCGACAUGGUAGACAUCCUCAACCGCACUGGCCACCAGCUUGCCGACAUGCUCAAGAGCUGCAACUUCAGUGGGCAUCACUGCUCCGCCAGCAACUUCUCCGUGAUGACCUAUCUGCCCCAGCCAUGGGGCAAUUGCCGGGCAGAGAGUGAGCUCAAGGAUCCUGAGCUUCAGGGCUACUCGGCCUACAGUGUGUCUGCCUGCCGUCUGCGCUGUGAAAAAGAGGCCGUGCUUCAGCGCUGCCACUGCCGGAUGGUGCACAUGCCAGGCAAUGAAACCAUCUGCCCGCCAAAUAUCUACAUCGAGUGUGCCGACCACACGCUGGACUCCCUGGGUGGGGGCUCCGAGGGCCCGUGUUUCUGCCCUACCCCCUGCAACCUGACCCGCUACGGGAAAGAAAUCUCCAUGGUCAGGAUUCCCAACAGGGGCUCAGCUCGGUACCUGGCAAGGAAGUACAACCGCAAUGAGACCUACAUACGGGAGAACUUCCUGGUCCUAGACAUCUUUUUUGAGGCCCUGACCUCUGAAGCCCUGGAGCAGCGGGCAGCCUAUGGCCUGUCAGCCCUGCUGGGAGACCUAGGGGGACAGAUGGGCCUAUUCAUCGGGGCCAGCAUCCUCACGCUGCUGGAGAUACUCGACUACAUCUAUGAGGUGUCCUGGGACCGACUGAAGCGGGUGUGGCGGCGGCCAAAGACCCCUCUGAGGACUUCCACCGGGGGCAUCUCCACUUUGGGGUUGCAGGAACUGAAGGAGCAGAGCCCCUGCCCAAGCCGGGGCCGUGCUGAGGUUGGGGGCGCCAGCAGCCUGCUCCCCAACCACCACCACCCCCAUGGCCCCCCAGGAGGUCUCUUUGAAGACUUCGCCUGCUAG